GGGGGAGAAGGGGGAAGGGCAGAGGGUGAAAGCCGGAGGCCAGCCUGGCAGCGGAAGAAGGAAAGGUGGUCGGACAAAAAGGGAAGGAAGGGAAACCUGGGCUGGCUGCAGUGGACAUCAGGGGCCGGCUGACCAGCGGACGGUCCUGGGGAGGGGGCGAGGCGAAUCCUCCUGGGGCCAGCAGGCAAAGGGGCGGGCUUCCACUGCGGUCGGAGGAGGAAGAGGAGGAGGGAAGGGGACGCCUGGGGCCAACAUGGACCUGCUUGCCCUGCUCGUCCGCCGCUGACCAGCACUUUAUUCCAGUUUCCCGGAUCUCUGAUGGAGCAGCCAGGAGGGGAAUCCUGCGAAAAUCGGGGAGCUCCAACCGUUCCAUGGAAAGCACAGUCAUCCCCUUCCUUUGGCAUCCAGCCCUCCCAGGCAUGGCAAACGGAAGAUCCUGAUCUGGAGUCACAGGUCAACCUCUCCGUUUCGGAAGACCUAGGCUGCAGACGUGGAGAGUUCAGCCGAAAACAUUAUGGAUCUGUGGAGCUGCUCAUUUCCAGUGAUGCUGAUGGAGCUAUUCAGCGAGCUGGGAGAUUCAGGGUGGAAAAUGGGUCUUCUGAUGAGAAUGCAACUGGCUUGCCAGGUAUCUGGCGUAGAACAGAUGUCCACCUGGAAAACCCAGAAUAUCACACCAGGUGGUAUUUCAAAUAUUUUCUAGGAAAAGUUCAUCAAAAUUACAUUGGUACUGAUGCCGAAAAGAGCCCUUUCUUUUUGUCUGUAGCACUUUCUGACCAAAAUAAUCAGCGUGUUCCUCAAUAUCGUGCAAUCCUUUGGAGGAAAACAGGUUCCCAGAAAAUAUGCCUUCCUUACAGCCCCACAAAAACCCUCUCAGUGAAGUCCAUUUUAAGUGCCAUGAAUCUUGACAAAUUUGAGAGGGGUCCUAGAGAAAUUCUUCAUCCUGAGAUACAAAAGGAUUUACUAGUUCUUGAAGAACAAGAGGGCUCUGUGAAUUUCAAGUUUGGAAUUCUUUAUGCCAAAGAUGGGCAGCUCACUGACGAUGAAAUGUUCAGCAAUGAAACUGGAAGUGAAACCUUCCAAAAAUUAUUGGCCCUUUUGGGUGACACUAUUACAUUAAAGGGCUGGACUGGCUAUCGAGGGGGACUGGACACCAAAAAUGAUACCACAGGAAUAUAUUCUGUUUAUACUGUAUACCAAGGACAUGAGAUCAUGUUUCAUGUUUCAACCCUGCUACCCUACUCUAAGGAGAACAAGCAGCAAGUAGAAAGGAAGCGACAUAUUGGGAAUGACAUUGUUACCAUUGUAUUCCAGGAAGGAGAAGAAUCUUCUCCAGCAUUUAAGCCUUCCAUGAUCCGCUCUCACUUUACUCAUAUUUUUGCCUUAGUGAGGUAUAAUCAGCAAAACAACAACUACAGGCUGAAAAUAUUUUCAGAAGAAAGUGUGCCUCUUUUUGGUCCACCUUUGCCAUCCCCACCUGUGUUUACAGAUCAUCAAGAAUUCAGGGACUUUUUGCUAGUGAAAUUGAUAAAUGGUGAAAAAGCCACCUUGGAAACCCCAACAUUUGCCCAGAAGCGACAGCGAACUCUAGACAUGCUGAUUCGAUCAUUAUAUCAGGAUUUGAUGCCUGAUCUACAUAAGGGACAGGGAGGAGAAACAAGAAAGAAAAGCACAAACAACAAAAUCUGCGAGAGCAACAUGCUUAAUAGAAGAUCAUUUAGUGACGUCUUACCAGAAUCACCUAAAUCGGCACGGAAGAAGGAGGAAGCUCGACAGGCAGAGUUUGUUAGGAUUGGUCAGGCACUGAAGCUGAAAACCAUUGUAAGAGGGGAUGCUCCAACUAGCUUGGCAACCUCGGGACUCUGUAGAAAAGAGCCUUGGGAGCCCCAGUGUUUCUGCAAUAAUUUUCCUCAUGAAGCUGUUUGCGCAGAUUCCUGGGGCCAGGCCUUGCUGGUCUCCACAGAUGCUGGCGUCUUACUAGUAGAUGAUGGCCAACCUUCAGUACAAGUAUUUGACAAAACCUUGCAAUUCAAGCAGAUGCAUGUGCUGGAAUCUUUGGACCUUCUGAUUACUAGAGCAGACAAAGGGAAAGAUUCCCGCCUCUUCGUCUUCAGGUUGAGCACUGUGAGAAAAGGCAUAGAGGACAAACAGGUAGCAAAGAGCAAGAAUGACUGUAGAGAAAAUAAACUUGAGAAAACAAAAGGCUGCCACUUGUAUGCCAUUAACACUCACAACCACAAUGAACUAAGGAUCAUUGCUGCUAUUCGAAACAAACUACUUCUCAUCACCAGAAAAUACAAUCAACGGAGUAGUUUAACUGGUAUUUCAUUGCUGUCACCUCUGUCCGAGUCACCUGUAGAAGAAUUCCAGUAUAUCAGGGAAAUUUGUCUGUCUGACCCUCCUGUGGUGAUGACCCUAGUGGAUGGUCCUACCGAAGAAAAUGACAAUAUGAUAUGUGUGGCAUAUCGGCAUCAAUUUGAUUUAAUUAAUGAGAGCACUGGAGAGUCCUUCAGGCUUCAUCACAUUGAUGCAAGCAGAGUUAAUUUUGUUGCAGCUAUUGAUGUGUAUGAAGAUGGAGAAGCUGGCCUACUGUUAUGUUACAACUAUAUUUGCUACUAUAAAAAGGUCUGCCCUUUUAAUGGUGGCUCUCCUUUGGUCCAACCCUCAGCAUCAGAUUUCCACUUUAGCUGGAACCAGGUUCCUUAUGCUAUUGUUUGUGCUUUCCCAUACAUUCUGGCCUUCACCACUGACUCCAUUGAGAUUCGAUUGGUGGUGAAUGGAAACCUGGUCCACACAGCUGUGGUGCCCCAACUUCAACUUGUGGCCUCAAGGUCAGACAUAUACUUUAAAGCUACAGCAGCAGUUGACAGUUCAUCCAGGGAGAGCUCCAGGGAGGCCAGUGCCCACAAUUCUCCUCAGACCCCCACAGGCCACGAAAUGCCGAUGCUUCCAUCGUCCCUGGGGGAAGGUGAGGUUCAGUUUAAAAAUCUGUACAAGAUACCUCUCAGAAACCUUGUUGGCAGAAGCAUUGAACGACCACUAAAAUCACCCUUAGUCCCCAAGGUCAUCACCACCCCAACUUCAGCUGGCAUUUCAGCCAUUCCUGUUACUCACUCUUUGUCUCUUUCCCGAAUGGAAAUUAAAGAAAUAGCAAGCAGGACACGUAAAGAACUUCUAGGCCUCUCUGACGAAGCAGGGCCUAAGUCAGAAGUGGCCCAGAAACAAAAGAAGACCCCUCGAAAACGAUCUGAUGGAGACCCUAAGCGGGGAGCAAUUCGAUCCACUAGCAGUGACAGGAUCAUAUCAGGCUCUUUUGAAAAACCUCUUUCUGAAAGUAAUUCUGAUGGACGCCACCUUUCAACAAGCUCUGACCCUGAUACUUCUGCAAACAGAGAGGAAAGUCCACCAUCCAGCAGUCCAUUUCAACUCACCACUUCCUUUGAUGAAGACAUUGUCGACUUGAAGUAAAGACAGUCUUAAGAUGCUGUUUGCCAUCUUGUUUUUCUUACACUGCUUUGUACUUUGUAGGAAAGUUCUGACACCAGUUCUGGUCAGAAAAUGGCGAAAAGGGGUUUGGACCAACAAGUUCUGGCACAUUUGGCCAGUUUGGAUAAUAAUUCUUAAUAUUUUGUGCCAUCUUGAUUUAUAUGUUCUCAGUUGAAGAACCAUCGGUCCCUCAUAAUAAAGGUGGUAGAUUUAAUUGAGAUUUUUUUAAGUUAAAACUUUAAAGAAAAUAAAUGUGUAUAUAUGCUAUUUACUUUAGACCUUUUAUUUUUGAAAUUCUUAGAUGAAAAGUAGUAAUUAUUUUCAUUAUAGAAUGUGAAUUAUUCCACAUAAAUGUCACCUAGAAAUUCUUUAUAAAGAAAAAUAAUUUGUUUUUCAUUGUGAAAAAUGCUUAAAUUCAGAGCUAUCUUCAGUUUUGCUUUCUUCAACCGGGAAAUACUGUUCCUGUUCAUUUGUUUUUUUAAAAAAUGCUCGUUUACUGAAAAACAAUUGGAUGUUGAAGGAAGAUACAUUAAGGAUAUAACCGGUUGCUCUCUGGUAUGUCAGUUCUUUGCAUAUGUCUUUCAGAAAAAAAAGGAGAAAAUGGAUUGCAAAGAUAAUUUCCAUGUGUAAGGGAAAAUAAGGCCUUGUCCAAAAAAUCAGAAAAAGGAUUUUAAAUCAGAUGCUCUUGUCCUCAGGUGUUGUCUUAGUAGUAGGAUUCUACUGUGUCAUUUUUACUUUAAAGAGACCAUGGACAGUUGUGCGUAAUUCUCCUUUAACAAGGGUAAUGGGUUAGGAAUUGCCUUCCAUAGUCACUUUCCAGACCCAGAGCUCUAUUGCAGUCUCCCCAGUACUGUCAUUCAUUGUUACAUAAAUUUGAGAUUGAAAAUAAAUCGGUAAAUAAAUUGGACUUGGACAGUGUGGUUAGGAAAGGCUUCAGUACAAAGUGGAACUGAAGUAAAAAUAAGCAUUUACAUUUUGACAGAAAAUUAAGUGGACCCCAAAAUGGUCUGAUGCCAGUUGCUUUAACGAUUUUUUGACAUAUUUUGUCCCAUGUGAUGUAUAAUCAUCUAAGAUACAUGAACAGUUGAAAGCCUGUGCCUUUGAUUUUAGCUUGUCUAGAUGCAUUUCCUUUUUGAUGCACUCUGCCCUCUGCUAAUCACCUUAAAAAAAAAGUGGCAGGAGGGGUCAUUUAUAGUGUUAAUCCAGCAAAUGGAUCAUUUCAGGCCUUCUGUGAUUGAAGAAAAGUGAUAGUGGUGGUGGUUGUCAGUAUGGUAUUUUACAGUUCUUUUGAGCCAGUCAACUGUGAGAUAAAGCCUUAAAAAAUGAAAAUUGAACAUGUUGCAUGGAUGGAAUGUGGAUGAAAGCUAGCACGGCUACCUCUCUAGGGAGCUAGUGCCAGUGAACGUGCAUUCUAUGGAUAACAGGGAAAAAGCGUUUACCUCUGCCAUUUGCCUGCUGUGUCCAGGAUUAAAUUCAAGCAGAAAGCUGCCAAAUUUGAAAGAAUGAUAUUUCAUAGCCAGAUUUCAGUCUUUGGAAACAUUUGUCAGAAUGGUGCUUUUCUUAGGCAUUCUGCAAAAAGCAAAUUAGUAAAAAAACAGAUUUUAAUCCACCCACUUAUGGAGCACUUAUUGCUAAAUGUGUUCCAUCAUUUUAAACUUUUCUCUGUCCCCUUCCUGGCUCUGUGGAUCAUGUUUAAUCAUACCUUGACAGCAAACAGUUUCAAAGCCUAGGUUCAUGCUUUAAAAUAACAUUUCUUAUAAAUGACUGGAGUAGUUUUGACUUUUCAAGAUGGAUUGCAACCUGAAAAAUGUUCUAUUUGUCUUCCUUCUGCUUUUCUCUCCUCGGCAUUGCAUAAGAGAGAGUGCAGCCACAGAGGAGUGAAAAACAUCUUGCUAGCCAGGGGAUUCACCUUGGUGAAUGGGCAGAUUCCCAAGGAAUUUUUUAGAGAUAAGAUGCUGAGGACCUAAGGACCCUAAAGGAUGUGAAGCAUAAGGUCAGCAUUAACCAGUGGCAUCAGAGGGCAGGAGUACGUUGUCGAGCUAGAAAUAGCUGCCAUAAAACCUUGGAGUAGUUUGAGUAAUAACCAGUGUAAGCACUAGAGAUGAUCUCUUGCCAGGUAUUUAAAAUGGUGUUAGACAUAUUCAAUGGGAAUCUUCACUGGGAAGGAAACUAACAAAAAUGAUAUGAGUGGAGUUCUACUAUGUCUGAAUUUCAACUCUUUGAGCUUUUAUAGUUCUAUCACAGAGUUUGAUAUGUGAAAGCAAAGUGAAAAUCAGAAAUGUUGCCAGUAGCUGUCAGCAGUAGUUGAAAUGGCCUAGAAGAGUCAAUGAGGUAGGUGAUGCACUUGUCCUGCCAGGACUAGGGAGAUUGCAAAAUCAUUACCUUCAUCUACCACAAACUAUAUACAUGUAGUGUGUACAUGUACAUGUAUGUAUUUGGCUCUUGUUGCAUGGUUCUGAAUUUAGUUAUCUGUGGUAGUAUGAAGGUGAAAAGGAGUUAGAGAUUUUUUGUUGUUGCCAGUAUGACUAAAUUGUGUUAAUUGACAUUACUGUAGGUGAGGUUUCCCAGAUUAGCCGUUUUAUCCACUCUCAUAGAUGUGGUAUCCCUAUGUAUAUGCAGAGUUUCUGUAAGUUCCUUGUGUUCAGGGAUGGUGAACUCUAUUGUAUUGUACUCUCCCAAGCACUUUAUACAGUGCUCUAUACAUAGUAGCGCUCAGUAAAUAUCAUUGGUUGAUUGAUUAUCUUGAGCCAGAUAAUCACAUACCAUCCUGCUGCUGUUCCUGAAAUGACUGAAAUCACCUUACUUUGGGUGCAGCAUCCAGCACAGCAAUUCCCAUCGGGCAGUUCCCAGCACUCAAUUUCACAUUUCAUUUAAAAGUUCUAGCUCCUCUCUGAUAGAAAGUCUGGAGAGUAGCUUGCUGGCUAAAUCUUUGCUAUGGCCAAACCUCAGGUUGUUUUCUAGUAGUUUUUCUCAAUCUCAGACACCCUAGCAUCAGAUUUAUGUUUGGUCUGACUCUUCACUGAGUUGCAGUUGAAAUCUGAUCAUUAUUAUUCUGAUACAUUAUGAUUAUUAUUGGUAAAUUUGGAAGAAUCCCUUUUAUAGAUUAACAUAUGCUCUUAGGAAACCCUCAAAUGAGAGGAAGAAAUAGCCUCAAGAAAAGGGAGGCUUAUGAUUUUUCAGCCUGUUGCUUUCAGAAAACAGACCUAGAGCUAUUUGUUGGGAGGCCGAGCCCCCACCGAUAUAAAUCAGUCUACUUUAUUUCCAGAAUAUGGAAAUAUUCUGGAAAUAUUUCUGAAAAUAUUACGCAUUAAAUAUUAAAUGUCAUUUCCAGAAAUAUUUCUGGAAAUAUUAAGCUUAAUAGGGUCCCAAAAGUUUUGGUACUUUUGAUGGUGCCUUUAGAAACAAGAAGGAAUGCCCAGGUUUUCCACUGAGCUACUGGCAGUGAGGAAACAUAGUCUAAAUGCUUCUACCACUCCCAGCCCAGUGUAAAUUCAGUAGAGAUUUUAAAACUAAUACUAAAUCAGAAAAAAAAUCAGCCAAUCAUCUGACUGAGAGUUAGCGUCAUCAACACCUCAUCAACAACAUGCAUUGAUUGCCCUCUGUGUGCCGAGCACUGUACUAGGAACUUGAAAACAUACUUCAAAAGUGAAAGGCAGGGGCUUGCUCUCUAAAAGCUACAAUCUAAGGAAGGGGGGGGUGUGGUGUGGGGGGUGUGUGUGUGUGUGUGUGGCGGGGGGAGGUGGUCAAUAAAUUUCCCAAUAUAAAUGGAUAUAAGCAUAUAAAUGAUCAAAAGAGAAGCAAGUAAAUGAAUAACAAACAGAUAUUCACCUGCCUACUAAGGUGACUGAUAGGGUAACAUGAUCAGGAGGAGGAGUUCUAGGGUAGAGUCAAGGUUUUACUUGCUCUUCCUAUUAGAAUAGCUGAGGAUGAGACAUCAAGAAUGUUUCCCAGGAAAUAGAUGUACUGAAGAAGGGAUUUAUAUCUGACAGGCUAACACUAACUCAAAGGAUCGGACUCUGUUAAACCCAGGAAUUCUUUUAGGAUGAAAUUAUCGUAGUUGACGUGCAGUGAAGAUGUACAUACAUUUAAAGGCAUGAUAAUGGUACCUCUUAAGCACUUGCUAAGUGCCCAAAACUGUGCUAGGCUUGAUUCAAGAUUAUCAGAUCGGUUGCAGUCUAAGAGGGAGGGAGAACAGCUCUUUUAUCCCCAUUUUACAGAUGAGGAAACAGGCACAAAGAGGUUAAAUGACUGAAGUUAUGCAGCAGGCAAGUAGCCAAAAAUCCUGGGUCUCUUGACUCUUGUCCUGUGCUCUUUUCACUAGCCCCUACCGCUGGUAUUUCCUCGGAUAAAAUAGAGAAGGUUCAGGAUUAUAUUCGGACUGAUGAGGGCUCUAACACCCAGGACAUCUGUUGGCUAUUGGGCACUAAGGACUGUGAAUUGAGCAAAACUAUUUCUCCAACCAACAGGUCCCUCCUCAAACAGGUCCUUUCAGUCUGUCUCUUUAUUGAUAAUUCCCCGGGUGCAUAUCCAACCCAGGAAAAGAGAAAUAAGGGAAAGCAGUCUUUAAUGUAAUUCUUAUUUUUU